AUUACUAAAGUCAGUUUGGAAGUAAGAGCACGCACUUCAACAGCAGCCGCAAUCAUGCCGACGCGAUCAACGGAGGAAUGGAUCCGGUUGUCCCUGCGUACCCCGGGCAUCCUGAUCUUCGGGAUGGUCUUGGCUCCCUGUGGCUGGAUCUUGGACCUGACCGCCACUGUGGCGCCAAACUGGAGGACCCUCCACCCCACCACCCUCCCGCCGGACGAGUUCAUCCAGCAAGGCAUCUGGGACAUCUGCAGGGCCACCUCGACCUCCACGAGAGAGGAGUGCAACUUGCAGGAUACCGAAUACUUCAACCAGCAGAUCAUUAAUGUCGCUCAGGGUUUGAUGGUAGCCUCCCUCAUCGUGACUCUAAUCGGGCUGGCCGUGGCCAUCCCGGGGGUCCGCUGCUGGAAAGACAGGCCUAACUGGGUUGUGGCCGGCCUGGGCGGACUGUUGAUCUUCCUCUCAGGCGUCAUGACCAUCAUCCCCAUCGCCUGGUACACCCACAUCCUCGAAGACAUCACAUCGGUGACCGCGCUCACAGACGUGCGCGUCGGCUACUGCAUCAUCCUGGGAUACAUCGGCGGGAUUUUUGAAAUCCUGGGCGGCUUCGUCAUGUUCAUCGGGAUCUGCCGUUGCUGCGGAGGAAAGAACCGAGGGGAGACACGGGUUGAUGAAGUCAUGGGCGACCGGUUUAGCCACCAGAAGCCGCCGCCGAGACGCGUAAAUGUGCCAACCCUGGACCGGGCCAGGAGCAGCGCCAGCAGCGUCCCAUACUCCAGGGAUUCCAUGGAUGAUGAUGUGUCCUUCCCCCGGGCCAAGAGCCCCGCAGUUCGGUCAGUCAACACCUCUUACGCUGGUAGACCUUAUGAUGCCGACCUAUGAGAAGCACAUCUCCCACAUCUGGAGACAUUAUUUAACAAAAAAAAAACCCACAGGAAAAGGAAAACAACUUGAGAGGAACUGAGACUGGCAAAGAUUCCAUAAAGAAGCAAUGGUAAUUAGGAUGACUUUAAGCAUUAUGUAUCUGGACCACUGUAGUAAAACAAUACUAGAGAUGAUUACAAUAAAACUGAAAUCAUUUAUAAUAUUCUGGAAGAGAUUGUGAACUUGAACUAAUACCUAAAGUCACCCUAUACACUCAUUGUUGACUGAUUACUGUGAGACCAUAAAUGAAUGUUUCAGUGGUAUCAAGAGAUCAAAUACCUUAAAUAUUAUAAAAUACAAGGUGUAAACUCACUAUUACGUGAAGCAGAAUCACUUUAAAUGCCUCUGAGUAUUACAGUGUUUCACCAGUGUAGGACAGUAAUACUUGAAGGCCCGCAUCUAUAAAAGAGUAAUAUGUUUGAUGUUUGAGUGACAGCUGUGGCUAUAAGGAUGAGACUAAUUAUAGGCUUAGCUUCAUUAUGAUUAAUUGUAUUCUUUAUAGUAAGACAGAUGUGUGCCUCAAGCUGUGCAGUUAUUGAAUAUUACAGUGGAAAGAGACUGCCAUGAAGAAAGUCUGGAACGUGAAGGAUUCUGUGUUACUUUACCAGUGAACAAAAGCUACACUGUUUAGUACAGCUGAGAUAAAUUGAUGUAAAGUUGAAGUUUGCCUUCUGCAAGUGAUGCUGAACUCCAAUUGUAAAUAUUCUCACCUUUAAGGAAGCUUUUACAUUUGUCUGUUUCAUUGGCUGAUGCAUAAACCUUUUUCUUUUUUUUUUUUCAGAUUUUAUUGUAAAUACUGUAUUCUUAUGCACUUUACAAUUACGGCCGACCUUUUUGGGCCACCGGUUGAGGUUGAUGAUAUUGUCCUCAAUGCUCUGUGAUACAAGUGCUAUUUUAUUAAAUGUGCACUGUGUUUCUGAAUAA